AUGGAGCACAUUGAAGAGGUAAUGAGGAAAUUUACUUUAUCUGCGAAUGAGAAGGAGGGAGUUUGUUUAGGUCUUGAGGAUUUGGAAAAAGGCGUGAAGGAAUGCAGGUUGAGUCUGAUAGGGAGAGUUUGGGGGGAUAGAACAGCUAACAUAACUGGUAUGAGGAGUUUUGCUACUAAUGUGUGGCCUCAGUUGAAAAACGUUAAAAUUACUGAGAUUAAGGUAAAUAUGUUUCAGUUUAUUUUCGAGUCCAGGAAGGAUAUUGAAUUAGUGCUUAGCAAAAGACCUUGGAUCUAUGAUGGCCAGCCUCUGGUGUUACUGGAAUGGCAGGCGGAUUUAGAGGAGAAAGAGCAGGCGUUUUGUAGGACUUUAAUGUGGGUUCAGAUUUGGAACUUACCUCUUCACUGGGUAACUAAGGAGGCUGGGCGUAAAAUAGGGGGAAUAUUUGCAGGCGUAAGGGAGGUCAUUAUUCCUCAGGGAGGGGGUAAGGAAGGUAAACACCUUAAAAUUUUAGCUGAAGUGAAUCUUAAGGAACCUCUGCCUAGAGGUUCUAUGGUUAAAAGUAAUGGAGGAACUAGAUGGAUUGAAUUUAAGUAUGAAAAAUGCCCUGAUUUCUGCUUUUGUUGUGGACUGAUAGGACAUAAUGAGCGAAUUUGUAACAGGAAAGGGGUUGAUGUGGAUAGGGAGAAUCAGUAUGGCAACUGGCUUCGAGCCAGUUUCCCUAGGAGCCCAAGGAAAAAAGGCAGGAAUGAUGGGGAUCAGGAAACAUCAGGGAAUGGGAGGUAUAGAUAUCAGAGCUCAGAUGGGGAAACUGGGAGCCUGCCGUAUCCUUUGCUCACCUAUACUAAUGAAUUUCAUAGGGGGCAAGGGAAGCCAGAUAUUGAAUCCAAUGAGAAGGCAAACUGGGGAACAGCAACUAGGGGGGCCAAGGAGAAGAGUGGAAUGGGAUGCAGGAGGGUGCGGGGAUUGGUGAGGAUUUGGUAG